AUGGAACUUAAUAACUUUGAAGAAAACAUGGUUGAAAUUAUUCCUCAAACUAACCAAGAAAUUUUUGGUAUCAAAAUUUUUGAAGAUUGUUUAAAAAUAAGUCAACCUAAUUUUGACAACAUGGACUAUAUUACUAUCAAUGAUGAAAUCGAGACCAGCAGUGUUCAAUCUGCCAAAGAUAGGUCGUCAUUUUAUAUGAAUGAUGAUGAUACCAAUCUUUAUGAUAUUAUAGAUGGUGCUGAUGUUAUUAAUUUUAACGCUUUACGAGAAACUGUAGCGACGUUCUUUAAGCAACCUUGCUCUUCAAUCUUCAGAAUAGAUCAAAAUAUAAUAAGCAACCAAAUUCCUUAUCUUGUAAAUAUGAAAGAUGGUUCUGAGUAUGUUGUGCGUUUAUCAUGUCCAAUCAACCAAAUUCACAAAUAUUCUAAGCCUUAUACGUUCAAAAGAUUACAAAGUGAGGCAUCCAUUAUUAAUUAUGUAGCAAAACAUACUGACAUUCCAGUUCCUGAGAUAUAUUACUGGAACGAUGAUA